GUUGCAAAUUCAACGGCGACGCGCUAAGGCAGCCGUCUACCGAGCAGCGAGAGCGCGUGUCGCGCCGUGUGUGCGUGUGCGAGACAGAGAGAAAGAGUGCGCGGUUUACGCAAAGCGAAAAUAGGCGAGCGAACGUGCGGUGCGUGCGGUGUGUGUCGGUCGCGCAUGUACACACACAUCAGUCGGUUGUUGUUCGGGGCGUCGAGAGUGUACUUGGUCCGGCCGCCGUAUGAUUUUUCCUCCCGUCGUGGGCCGCGUUUGAUUCAAAACCCAGAGGAAGCGUGCACACACGCAGUAUUUGCGCAAAGAGUGGUGAAGUCCGCGUAGCAAUCUCGGGAGGCUGUAGUGUGGCUGUGUGUCUCCCCCGCGGGAUCGAUGUGAACAGAAACCCUUUUUUUCGUGGUGUCGAAAGCGAGAGGAUUUACCCUCCCCGAAGAAUAAGACGUGUACGGACGCGCGCGCCUGUGUGUGUGUAGGUCUGAUUGCGGUCUGGCGCGAGCGGUGGUGAAUUCUAGUAAGAUAAAACAACAACAACAACAUAGGCAACUGAAAAGCGCACCCCCAACAACGGGUGAGCAGUGAGAAGAGGGCGGGCGAGUUUUGCCCCCAAACGAGAAGCGGCAUAGAGAAGAGGAAUGGAUCAGAGAGCGUAACAAGGCGGGAGUUGUGGAAGUGAUCGUGUGUGAGAACGAGAGUUGUGUGACGAGCCAAAGUUACUAAAAAAGGGAAGCAAAAAAAAAACACGCAGUGGUGGUUGGUUGGUUGGUGAAGGAAAACCGGAAGGGCAGGGAAAAAGAUGGCUCGCCAAAAUAAUUCUACGCGCCGCAGCGUCAUCGGCCGCGAUGCUGUGCGAUCGAGCUGAUCGCGCGUCGACCACGACAACCACGACGAUGAUGAUGGCAAGUAAGAUGAAAGGCCACCACCACCAUCACCACCACCACGGCACGGUCGCUUGGUCGUGAGAGAGGACGAUGGCGCAGAAGCAACGCGGCAGCAGCAGAAGCAGCAGCAGCAGUGGUAGUGAGUCGAUGAGCAAGGCAAAAGUGACCCCGCUCGACCCAGCGUGAGCGGCGGAGCAAAAGCGUGUGCGUGUGUGUUUGCGGAUUUGGAAAACAUCAUCACCCCGUAGAACAGGGCGGGGCAGAUCGGCGGAAAGGAAGGAAAGGAAGCCGGGAAACCCGGAAGAGGAAAGGAAGCGAGUGUGUGCGUGCGUUUGUGCGUCACUGUGAGUGCUUUGAAAGGGAGGGAAGGAAGGGUGGCGUGCGGGUCGUCGGGCAGUGCGUUCUUGUGUGGGGUUGCGUGAAGAAAAGUGCGUGAGAGCGUGGUGCGCAAAAGAAAGGAAAAUUCGAUCGCGCAUAAAACGAGCGGCCGAAGGAGCGCACUGGAAGAAGAAUACGAAGAAGAAGAUUGGAAUCUAGUGAGUGUGUGUGUGUGUGUGUGUGUCUCCAAACGCCGACCUCACCACAACCCCUCAGCGCAAUACUACCAACGAAAAGUGAAUUGGCAUUGUGCAUUUUGAUUACGCGCUCAUUUGUUUGUUUGGGUUUGGUGCGUGUUUCUGUGUGAGAGCGAGAGUGCAUUAGAAAUUGGCGCACAGUGUGUGCGUUUGUAAGCUUCCCAACAGUGAGGCGAAGGCCUGUGUUGGUGUGUGCGCGAGAGUGUGUGUUUUGGUAGGGCGGUACAUGCGGUGCGUGUAGUGGUAGUGCACACAGAGGGGCGCGCUAGUGUACAGCAAACAUGACGGAAUACGUGCCACCGCACGUCAUCUCGGUGCUGAAGACGUACCAGGACAAAGCGCCCCGGAGUCUGCACGGGCCGGGCCUGUCGCUGGUCCAUCCGAGCAAGGCAGGGGCGGCGACCGGGCCGGGUGGUGCGAUUGUGGUCGGCCGGGCGGAAACACCCGAUCACCUGGCGUCGCAACAUCACGCCCUGUCGCACCACGCUGGAGAGCCUUCCGGUGGUGGUGGUGGUGGUGGUGGGCGGGCUGGAAGUGAUGAGGACGAGCUGCCACAGCCGCGACAGCCGAUGGGACCGCCGGUCCCGGGCGUCCCGAUCAUGACGACGCCCGACCCGGACUGUGGCAUCCUGCACAUGACGAUGCUGGAGGGCAAGCGGAUCGGGUGCUUCCUGCUGGGCGGCGAGACCCGGCUCUGUCUGCCGCAGAUCUUCAACAACAUCCUGAUGGACUUCAGCGUGGAGCAGAUCAACCGGAGCAUCCAGGAGCUGAUGAUCUACCUGUACAACUGCACCGACCAGCAGCUGGCCGAGUUCAAGCGCGCCAACAUCAUCCCGGACACGGCCAAGUCGUGCGGGCUGAUCACGCGCACCAACGCGGAGCGGCUGUGCAGCUCGCUGCUGCACCAAGCGCACGAGCUGCGCCCCCGGCUGAAGGGUGGCGGGCCCGGCAGCGCGCUGCUGAACGGAUCGUUCCGCGUGUACCAUCGGUGCUUCGGGCGGGGCGAGGGCCUGUUUCUGCCCGAGCUGUACAGCUACGAUGAGCAGUCCUGCAUCGAGUGUGCGGAGUGUCGGGGCCUGUUCUCGCCCCAGAAGUUCGUGUGCCACCAGCACGAGCCGCAGGAGAUCCGCACCUGCCACUGGGGCUUCAACUCGAGCAACUGGCGCUCGUACAUCCACGUGGCGGAGAGCGAGAAAAACCGGGAGGAGCAUGCGCAGGUGCUGGACAAGAUCUGGCUGAAGGAGCGCGAAAUCGAGCAGGAGCUGGAAGCCGAACGGGCCUUCUGGGUUGCAAGACGAAAGGCGGCCUGGGAAGGUCCGAUUCCCAUCAAAGCGGAACCACUGGACAUUCCACUGAAGAAACCAAAGCUAAUGAACGAUGCUGGAUCGAUGUAUCACAGUAGCAGCGGCAGUAGUAGUAGUGUUGGUAGCAGUCGGACACAGCACUAUGCCACCCAGCAGCAGCAGCAGUUGCUGGUGCAUCCACAGUCCCACCUGCUGCACCAUCACCAGCAGUCGCAGCAGCAGACGAGUGCAGCCUUCCGGCCCUGGACCGCCCAGCAAAAGGCGCAAAAGUACGCGCAGCAACAGCAGCAGGCGCUGCUGCUGCAGCAGAUCGCACCGUACGCGAACGGCACAGGCACCACGAUCGUGAACGGCACGAUCCGACCGACCUCGCCCGGUGGCAGCAUUCUGGCGCUCAGCCAAGAGCCGCCGCUGCUCCAGAACCCGGAGAACGUGGUACCGAUGUCGGAGACGGACAAGUUCGAGCGUUCGUACCAGCCGAACGUUGCGCUAGUGCCACGCAAAACGAUCCUGUGCGGAAAGGAGCCGCCCGCGGUCUCGGUGACCGCUGUCCGCGAGCGGCGCGAGUACGAUGGCAACAAGGAUCGUUCCGUGAUCAAGUGUGAGGUGGUGCAGAUCAAACAGGAAAGCCCCGCCACGCCGCCAGCGAUUGCUGCCGGCGGUGGUGCAGCCGUCGAUGGAUCGAUGCGGUCCGUGAUCAAGUGUGACGUGCAGAUCAAACAGGAACGUUCCGGGACGCCCGCGUCGGCAGGCUCGGGACACUUGGAUCAUGGUGGACGAGGAGGCCGAGAAGACAACAGUCGCUCACCGGGUCCACCGUCCUCGGCACACAUUCCCGUAUCGCCUCCACCACCGGCAGGAGCGAUCGCGAUCAGUACGAUCAUUGCCAAGCAGCAGCAGCAGCAACAACACCACCACCAGCAAGUGUCAUCGAUGGCAACGUACGGAAAUAGCAACAGCAACAGCCCCGUUCCGAUCGCGCUGGAUGCGCAGCAUUCCGGGUCGUCCGGGUCGAACGAGAUCACCUCGUCGACGUCACCACUGCCACCACCGCCAUCAUCGAUCGUGGUGAACAUGAACGGUGGAGGGGACGGCGGGGCGCGCGCCCGGGAGCAGACGGGAGACAAGCCAAAGCUAGUGCUAAUAAAAGAACCGAUCAUCAGUCCACCGCUGAGCACACGGACGCCCACGGGUCGGCAUUCUCCACACGGCCAUAUGCUGCAACAGCAGCAAGGCGGUGGUUCCGGCCAUCAUUCGCAGCCAGUGUCCCCGCCGCCACCGUCGCACCACAGCGAGCACCAUCAGCCGAUGUAUCUGCACCACCAUCAGGUACUACAGCAGCAACAGCAGCAACAGCAGCAGCAGCACUUCCGAUCUCAUCAUCCCGGCACGACGACCGCCGACACGAUAAUCCACCGGAACGGGCAUCCGGUGGUGGGCAACUCGGAGUUUGAGCUGUCUACCGACACGGACGAUGACAGCCAGACCGGCGAACCGGACAGCAGCAACGUUCCCACGACGAUGGAGCUGAUCGGCGAGGUACUGAAGGAGGUAGAAACGGAAACGAAGCAGCAGAUACUGAACAUCUUCAAGGUGCUGCUGCAGGAGAGCCGCGUCGAGCACCACCGGCUGCAGAUGGAGAUCCGCGCGAAGGAGGACCAGCUGAUGGAGGUGCAGCGGCACAACAUGGAGAUCCAGCGCCAAACGGACCACUUGCAGCAGCAAAACCAUCAGCUGCAGCUCGAGCUUGAUCGUGCGUUGCUGAAGAUUGAAGCGUUGCGCGAGCAUCAACACCAGCAGUCGCAGCUCCAUCAUCACCAGCAGCAGCACCACCAACAGCAGCAGCAUCACAUCAUGGUGCGGGAAACGCUAGGCGGGGUGGGCGAGUCCAGUACCUCCUCUACCCCGCCAUCGCCCCUGUCGCUCGUCAGCAACGGUAGCAACAGCAACCACAGCCAUCAGCUGAUCGAGCGGCGGAACAGUUUCCCGGAAAAGUCGGAAAUCAUCAUGAAGCCGCUGAAGAAGCUGCUCCGGCGCAGCCCGGACGAUGCGACGACGGUGCUAAUGUUGGCAUCGCCACCGCCCCAACCCACGGGCAGCCUGCCACCGGCGCUUCCAGCAUGUCUGUCAAUUACGGCUACCACCGUGUCGGUGGCCCCGAAAGCGUCCUCUACCCAGUCGGACCCGGAAGCGGGGCGCGAAGCUAGUCGGCGGCAGCCUUCUGUCUCUCCGUCGCCGACGCUAAGAGCGGGCGAAUCGUCGCCACCGCCUGCUGCUUUACAGCAGCCGCCGCAACCACCGCCCCCACCACCACCAACAAGUGCCACCAUUGUACCUGCAUCACCGACAACGAUAACGGCCGUCAGUGCCGUGAAUGGCGGCUCCUCCACGGCUUCAUGCAUCACCCAACCGUCGUCGUCCGCCCUAGAGAACGGUCCCUCGCCAUCACCGAUCGUUGUCGUUAUUCCGGUGAGCAGCAGUGGUGGCUCUUUGCCAAAAGAUGCUAGCGGCAGUUGUUCUCCACGACCGCCGUCGCGGGCUGGCUCGCCGCAGUGUGACGGCAAAGGGCGACGCACUCCGGCGGAAGGCAACGAUAGUGGUGACGAUCAGGAUGAGGAUGAACCGAUGGAAGAAUCUGUUGUUGCUACGGACUCUUCAAGGACUGUGGAAGUGUCAUCGGACGCUGCACCAGAGGGAACGGCCAAAGCGUCAGCGAUCAGCGCAGCGAAGGGCAGCGCAAUUGGGACAAGUACACCUUCGGGUGGUGCCAGCAAUCAGGAGAACGAUUCGCCGAACCGAUCCAAUCGAGGCAGCUCCGGCGGUGGCACUACCAAAAGCAGCUGUGACAACUGAUAGUUGGUGAUCCGUUGGCGCUGAACCAGGGGAUGCGCGACGGCGGAUCGGUACAGCGCUAAGCAGCGAAACAGCGUAACCUAAAGUGUAGAGCGUGUCAUUAUCACCUUAAAAAUAUUAUUUAUCUUUGGUUACCAAGUCCGGUUGGCGGUGGAAGACAUGAGGUGGAUGCACACACAGCUGUUGUGGUCCCCGUUUGCUCUCGAAACCGCACACCAAGUGAAGCAUUUUCGUACGAUCCAUUCUCUCCAAACGUUUGCUUCGAGUUUUGUCCAAGCCAAAAUCAAAGUUUGUGUAUAAUUGGUAUUCGUUUCGUUCCCACCUAAAUUAUUUAUACGGUACGAUUAUUAAAUGGAGGGGCAGGAGAAGGUAGACCCAGCUCUUACGACGACUACGUGAACCUAUCUUGCGCGCAAACCAAACGUUCAUCCGCACAAACUGGAAAGCUGGUUGGGAAAGGCAUCUCUGCGUCAGGGUAGUUGAUCGCUAUGCACGAACAACGAACAGUCUUACUGAGCAGCGUGAUCGAUAGUAAUUGCCAAUGGUCACUUGAAAGAAGAAAAAGAGGGAACAAAUGGAAAAGCAUCCUCACAGGACAAGCCGCGAGCCGCGAUUAGACAGGCAUACUUUUUCCCCCUUCUCUGCUAUUUUCUAUGCUGUCCGGUAAUAGCGAUUAGGUCGGCAGUGCGCGCAGUACAGUAGUUUUAAUAAUUUCUUUGAAUUAACCACUAAGUGGUUUUAAGUAUGGUAGAUUGUAGUGUCGAAAAACAAACCGAAACGACGCGGCAGUAAGAUGUGUGGUGUACGAAGCGACGGUGUAUAAAGCAGUAACUCGUAAGAUGCUGUAAGAAUUCGCCAAGUAUCGGAGAAAAAAAAACUAGUAGCUAACAGGCUAGGCGAAACAGAAAAACCCCGUGCAAGCGCAAAACGAUAUGAAAAACGAAGCAAACAAAAGAAAAAAUAACGAACAACGUGCUGGCAAUGCACACACAGUGUAAAACAGUAAGUAACCCUCUUUACGGUAAAAGUCAGUCGAUAACUACUAUAUUAAAACCAACAAGCACAUACGCAAAUGGAGAGGAAGAAAACAAAGAAACACACGCUAAACUAAAAACAGCGCAGCAUAGUGAAGAGAUAAAGCGUAAGCAUGGAACCAUCUUAAACUUAAGUUUCAACUGUUUUUAAAACAAGCGUUUCAACAAGUUAAACCCUAGCGAUAAAGCGUUUAAACAAACACAAAUAAGUAGUACCAGGCGUUAGUGCGAGCCGCACGUCCUCGGUUCGUCGAAGUAGAGGUUGUAGCCCGGGUUUUGUAGGUGUCCCGUGCGACACGGACGAAUGCGUGCAGAGUCAUCCCAUUGUAAAUAGAGCUGUCCCACUAGAACAUUUAAGCAAACGAACCCAUGAAUGCACCCUUGAAUGCACACUCACGUCCACGAUUAUGCGAAUGUAGAGCGCAACAUUUCAUUCUACUUCCAAUGUAGAGCUGUUUGUUUUUGUUUUUACAUAUAAUUCCUUUUUGUAAAUUCCCUUGCCUCCUUUUGAUUGCCUUUCUUGUGCCUUCUUGCCAUGGAGGGCUUAGAAGGACGAGUAUUCGGAAGGAACUAGUGCCAGUUAUUGUAAUCGAUUCAAGCAGAACCUUUCACUCGAUGAGAAAUUCCUCUGGCAGCGCGUUGUCAGUGCGUACGAUAUUUAUUUCGUUUAUUUUGGCCUCGUACUACAUUAAAUUAUAACUUUCGUUUUCAAAAUUUAUGCUCCUGUCUCUUACCCCUCUCCGUUGCGGAGUCUCCUCACACAGUACUAAAAUUCACCUGGUGGCGAGGAAGGAUGUUGCAAAGCGACACUACUCCUCCGAUCAUUAGUGCUUAUCUGUACGGCUUUCCUUUCGAUGGGGCAUCUCCAUCGAUCCUUUGCAUGGUAACCUUCACACACACACACAUCUGUAUCUUUACCUUAAUUUAUUACAAGCAAUUCUGACAUCAAUGGUGUAUGUAUUUCCGCUUUUUAUUUACUUUAAUCUGCUUAAAGCAUCCCUCCUUUGGUUAAACUAAGUUUGAUAGGAAAGGAGAGUGGGUGCGUUCAAAACCAAGUUUUUCGAUCCAAAAAAAAGAGCAUACUCAUACAAAAAGAAACAAAUGUAUGCUUGUUUCUGUACACUGCUUAUGCUUCCUUCUAUUCUAUUUUUUGUUUGUUUCCUGUCGAUCGAUCGAUCGGUGUGAGAGUUGGGAUAAAAUUCCUUCUAGCUUAAAGCUUUCUUUCCUUUCCCUCCCAUCCAGCGCGCAUAACGCUGGAUAAAAGAAUCGAGUCGAAACAUAGGCGUACACAAUAUUACUGUCGAUCUUAAGUGUAAUUUUGUAUAAAGAGAGAAAAAAGCGUAACUUUAAAUAACGAUAAGAUCCGUUAAGAAACAAACCAUGCUACUAGAGUUAGAGUGUGUAACUGAUUACAAGUAAAAAGGACAAAUCAUCCAAAAGAAAACAUACUGAAAGGAGCCAUGUGUCCUUCUUGCGCGCUUGUGUGCUGAAUUGGUGUAUUGAGAAAGAAAAAAAAAGUAAAAACAAAAGAGUCAAACAAGAAGUUGGUCCUCGUUAGGGUGCAAACAACGAAUGUGGACCGAAUUAACGACUACCGCCACUACCAUCUAGUGUUGUGCACUAAUGUUCUGCCGCAAUGUUCUCAUUGAUUAAACGUACUUUUAUACGCUCGCACCGCAAUAAUCUCUGCGUAUAUAUGUGUGUGUGUGUCGAACACCAGAUUCCGGGUUCGUAGUUCGCAAUCCCAUUUCGAGUAACUGCCAGUUUGAAAAGCAACAAGUUCAAAAAUUAAGUAAAAACGAAAGCAAAAGCAUAACGAGACGAAACGAAACUGUCACAACAACCGCGUCACGGCGAACCCUUUUCGUUAUUUUCAACUGUAAUAAAUGAAACAAAAUGUAAGCUUUUCAAGCUUUCCCGCUAGUGAAACUAUUAUGUGGUGUAAUGUUUCUUUCUUUUUCGCCUCCCCUUUCCAGUCGAUAACGCAUAUUGAGCCUGGUCCGGUUAGGUUGUUCGGUUUUGGUGACUGCAAUUGUGAAUUAACAUGCGCAAACUGAUAGACUAUAGACGAACUUAAGCAACCCAAACGCGAAACUGUUUGCCUUAUGCAUGGUGGUCGGAAAAAUGUUCAAGUAUUGGUAAGGAUCGAGAUCGCCCAAAAUCCUCCGUUUUCCGGAUUAAUAUCCGAAUGACAAGAGCAACAAUUUUGCAUGGAUUCCGUUUCGUUUUCGUGUUUUGCUGUGCGGUUUUAUUUCGCUACGUGUUCUGUACUGGCAUCCUUCGCAAUAUGCAAUUGUGUGUAUGUGUGUGAGUGUAUGUACUUGAGAAAAACGCACAUCCAGCAAAAUGGUGGUUUCAUGUUAUACGAUAGAGCUGCUCUCGCUGCUACUCUGCUGUCUAUUGGUUCAGGGGGGGCAGCGUGGACCUGACUGCUAAGCUCGUGGGGACGGCAUGAAGGACGAAGGAGACUAAAAGCAAUUUAGUAACUUAAGCAAGCGAACUCAUUCCCAACACGAAGGGAAACGCACUCACGCAACAUGAAAAGGAAAGGGAAAAAGGGGGACAGCAAAUUCAUACGCAUAAUGCAUCUCCGUGCAUCUUCUCGCUGGUAGUGCACCCUAGCACGACACGUGACACAAUAUACCGAACAUGAAAGGACACAAACACAAACACACACACACACACACAUACAAGAAAAACGGAAACACUUACAAAAACACUAACGCGUAAUGAGAAAAGUGGCGGUGCAAAAAAGGGGGUAACUAAAUACAUAUAACAAAUACAAUAAAUAAAUAAAUAAAUAUAUAGAUAUAUAUACAUGUACGAUUCACUAUCGUCAAGAUUCACUUUCUAGACUCCUGAUUGCGAAACGAAGUACAAAUUAGAAUGUAUGCUUUAAAAACAAACUCAUAGGAAAAUGAAGAAAAAAUCUUUCACUACUCAUUGCACACAGAUAAGCUACUAUAUGACAAAAAAUACAGGAGUGCGCUAGGCAACGCCAAGCAAACCAAACCUGGUGCAGCAGCCCUGCCUGCCGGACCGUAAUCCUUUCUGCAACGCGAUGCUUGGGACCGCAGACGGGCUAUAAAAAAUCACACACACACAUAGUUUACAAACAUUAUGGGUAUUUUUGCCUCCCAAUAUUGAUGCUUUUUCCUCUCCUCCUGCGUUGUUAUACCGUUUUGUGCGUGCAGCGUGCGAAAACUGUUCAUGUGGUUUGCUUCAUGUGCCAAAUUUGAGUUUACAUGUAACUCGAUAAAGAUAACUUGUUGAUGCUUCUGUUCCAUUAUCGAAACGUUCAGUGUUUUUCUUCUGGCACGAUUUAUUUCGAAUGCCUGCUUCUCUGUACAGAAAUGCGAUACGCUGUACGAAAAAAAUUAAAGCAAUGUUCGAUACAACAGCAACAAAACCCAAUUCUUCUUUUUUUUAGAAACAUAUUUACUCGAUGGGCAAACGAACAAUAGACCGAUAAACAAAGAGAAUCAAAAUGAUACAUGUAUAGAAAAAAAAGCAACAAGAUAACAUCAAAUACAUAAAAGAAAACUGCACCGUUAAGAAACCUUAGCCAUACUAUUUUUCUACACUUAAAUAUUGUAAGAAAAUGAAAAACAAACAAAUGAACGAGUUUUACCGUAUCGCGGUGGUAACUGGCGAUAGUAAAAGUGAACAAAAACAUGAGAAAACAUAAAUAGCAUCGGUUUAUUGAACGUACACGAAUUUAAUAGUAAAAUGCAUAAUAUGCGUUAGUGAAAACCAGGCUUAAUAUCUAGAGAACUCCCAAUGCAGAAAACAACAGUAGAAAUAACACAUACAAACCAAUUUGUUCACAAGUCAGUCUCAUUUCCCAGUCCGAUUAUAUUUCUCGUUUUUUGUUUUGUUUUGAUUCACCUACCGGUUUCUGAUCUUACGCUCCAAUUCUUGGUGCACCAUCUAGAUCUCAGUAGAGAAUCAAUAAUAAUAGUAGAUCGUUCCUUUUUUACAUGCGCCUGUGUGAUGCAGGCGCCGAUCUUCGGCUUGCACAUCGUAAGAAAACUUAUAGCAAAAUGAGACACAUGUGUAAAAGUGGUUGAAAAAAGAAAACGUAUUUAAAUAAUAGCCAAAGUAGCAUCUAUGAGAGUUCUAAAGAAAUAAAAAAGAGAAACAAAACAAAAAACUCAAACAUCCAACACACCAUAGAACAUUUUUAAUAGUAAAAACAUACACACACAUAAAGCUACUACCCGGUGGUGGGAUUAGGGAAGAAACACGCGCAUGUAUAAAUACCAUACAUAACAAAGGGAAGAAGAGAGAAGCAGACGCAUUAGACUAUACAUUUGAAGUAAAAUUUACCAUCCAAAGUAAAUAUUCGAUACACAUUCAUACAAAAAGCUCUCUUCGGGACAAGAAGGAAGAACAUUAUAAAACGCAAACGUUAUACACAACCAAACAUGUAGCAAAGCAGUAAGCAAAACGAAUCAAACUUUAAUCAAGUGAAUCCAUUUUACAUUGCUAGUAAUGUUGAAGCAACAAUGUAGAAACCCUCGAUCUAAAAUGCGAUCAUAAUUACACAAAAAAAGGAAAAACAAACUGCUGGAGGCAAUGUGGAAAACAAAAGAAAAAGAAAAACAACUAAACUAAUCUAAAUCGGUAGCGCGUGUACAAAACAAAAGAGAGAAGAAAAGAAAUCCCUAACGCGAUACAUAGAAGCGCGGCACACGAUGUUGACUGAACUAUGAUAACCAAACAGCAAAAAGCUUAGUGGCGAACGUAUCGUAACAUACGAAAAGAAGAAAACGUAGCAGAUUGGUACAGCAUUCGGUUGAUUUCGGUUGUAGUGCUGUGUGGAGUGUUUAAUUUUCAUUUGGCUGUGCUUUCGAAAGAAGGAACCUAAAUUUUCGUAAUAUUUUUACAACCUGUAGCACACCAACUGCACACAGUCGAACACAUGGAUGAUACUUGGAAGGCCUGGGGUGGCCGAAUCCUUUGCUCCCAUACUGUUGUGGUUUGGUGGUUUGUAACUUUUGUUUUAUUGCGACGAAAUUCACUAUAUUAGCGAUCGAUCGGCGCCAGCGGUGGCGAUGUUGAUGAUAAGCGAAUUAGUUUUAACCGUGUAAUUUAUCUGUAAAAAGUAAUCUAGCAUCAGUUCGGUAAGGUUCAUCACUAUGUUCAAAACAUAAUAAGCUAAGCGUGUGUAAGCUACAGUGCUGUUGUUUUUUGGUUCUCUUGGAGUUGUAUAUUUUAUGUUUAUACAUUGGUUGGAUCCGGCUUUCGAUCCGCGAGGGCGGUGAGAACUGAUCCGAAGGUCAGCAGUGAUUCAGUGAGUGUAAUGAUUAAGACAGUCGGAAUAGAUGCAAAAAAAAAACCGUUGCAUCCUUGUCGCGUUGCAAGUUGCUUAAGCUUGUUCUGUUCGGUUUUGAUGCCACACAGUAAAGAACGUCGUCGCCUACACACAGCAACAGGUAUAGCAAAAGCGCGGCACAUGGAAAGCAGUGCACAAACUGUUGCCGCCACUGUUGGGGAGGGAUUAUUUAUUAUUAAAGAAAAAUGAUUUUGUGUAUAGAUUUGCCAUUUACAUGUUAUUUAGUAGCUACGGUUAAUACUAUAGAACUGAAAGAAGAAAAUAAAACUGACGAAGAAAAACAACCGAAGGAAAACUGCUGCUACGUAAGUUUGAAGUGCAAGUAAAAGGGGAAAAUAAAAUAAUAGCGAGUCACUUGACAACUUUGCAAGGUCUGAAAGUGAGAGUAAGGCUGAUGGAUGAGACGGGAAAAUGCUGUUCCCAACAAAACAUACCGAACAUUUGAGAAAAUAGGCAAAGAAAUGGGAACGUCAUUCCAUACUCUCACUGCAAAAAAAAAAAAGAUCGUACAAUGUUACGCGAAUGCAAAACAACUGCAGAAAACACAUUCAAACGCAUAUAAAGCAUAAAUAGUAAAAAACAAACAAAACAAACACUCACACAAAUAACUGUAGAGCGAAACUCCCAUAGACGAAUCAAGAUAUAAAAACAAAAAGAAACAAAAUCGAAAAAAACACAGAAAAAAGAUGCUUACAUAACCAGCGACACACGUGUUACCCUCUGUAGUUCGUGAAAAAAGCGAAAGGAUGAUGGAGUAAAUGGAAAAAAACAUCAAAUUAUCUUGACCGAUUGAACAAAGUAGUGAUCGAUGCAGCGGCACCUCCACAUACACAUAAGCGUGCGCACACGUUUCUUCUUCUAACACAAUCUAAGAUAGCUAAAUGUUUCAAGCAUUAAAACUUUACCUUAGUAAACCAAAUCAUACCAAGUGCAUGUGCGGGCGUAUAAACGUUUAUAUAGAAGAAUACAAACGAAUGUAAAAAAGAUGGUUUAAGAAGGUGCAACGUAAGCAGCUUUACUCACUCUCACUGUCCCAUACACGCGGUGUGUGUACGCGAGUGUGUGUGUAUGUGUGUGCGUGCGCAAAAACUGGUAAAACAAUUCGCAAAUGAAACACACACAAAAACGAAAACAGAAAAAAAAACACCUGUGCAAAAGUAAUAAUAGAUAAAAAAGGAUGUAGGAAAGGACUGGAUUGGAGAAUAUAUAACAACACAAUAGCUGCAAGCAAUAGAAAAGGAAAGCAGAGGGCUGUCAGGACGAUACAUAUUACAGCAAAUGCAUUCGCAAAACAUUUAGCCAAGUGCGGUAGAAGAUAGCGCUGGGAAUGCAAACAAUGGUGCAUAAGCAUCGUGUAUGCACCAGCGGAGGAAAAACAGACAAGAUGAGUAAAGCAGAAGAUUAAAGUGGAUAGGGGCGGAAUGGGCGAGCAGCAGCUUACAAACACAAUACCGACUAAACGAAACGGUGGAAAGAGAAGGGGAAAUGAAAAUGAAACAAAUUUACUGAAAUUAUUCUAGAUACUGAAAGUAAUUUAAAACCAGAGAAAUAAAAUUAUAAAAUAAUUCAAAACAA